AUGAAAUUACCGUCUCUUUUCUUUUCCUGUACCCGCUCAGUCACGAUAUUUCUCUUCAAUUCACUCUCUCUAUAUCUCUCUAUCUCUCCCUCUCAGCUCUCUUCCCCUCCGCCUCUCUCUCUCUCUCUCUCUCUAUUGAACCAAAUCGUUUAUUUUCCUUUCCUCAGUUCUUCCUCUCUCUCUUUUCUCUCUCUCUCUCUCUCUCUCUCUCUCUCUCUCUCUCUCUCUAUGAACAUCGUUAUUUUGGGGUUUUUUUUUUACCCCUCUCUCUCAUCUUCUCUCUCUCUCUCUCUUUUUCUCUCUCUCUCUCUUUUUGAAAACUCUUUAUUUGUUUCUCUAGGAGUUUCUCUCUCUCAUUUUGCCUCUUUUUCUCUCAUCAAGAAGUGUUCUUCUCUCUCUCUCUCUCUCUCUCUCUCUCUCUCUAUUUCUCUUGCUCUUUUCUUCUCCCAGAUUAACAGCAACAAUAAAUCUGCGCCCCUCCCUCCCCUCUCUCUCUCUCUCUCUUUAUUUCACUUGCUCUCUUUUUUUUUUCUCUCUCUCGCCCUUUGCCUCUUUCUCUCUCAUUGUUGCUUCCUCUCUCUCUCUCUCUCUCUCUCUCUCUCUCUCUCUUUCUAUUUCACUUGCUCUUUUCCUUCUCCCAGAUUAACAGCAACAAUAAAUCUGCGCCCCCUCCCUCCCUCUCUCUCUCUCUCUCUUUAUUUCACUUGCUAUUUAUUUGUUUCUCUCGGAGUUUCUAUCUCUCUCGCUCUUUGCCUCUUUCUCUCUCUCUCGCUUUUGCCACUUUCUCUCUUAUUGUCCUUCCCUCUCUCUCUCUUUCUCUCUCUCUUUCUAUUUCACUUGCUCUUUUCCUUCUCUCAGAUUAACAGAAACAAUAAAUCUGCGCCCUCUCCCUCCCCCUCUCUCUCUCUUUCUAUUUCACUUGCUCUUUUCCUUCUCUCAGAUUAA